AGAGACAGGGCUUACCAAACGCGGAACGCGGGACACGGGAACAAGUAAAUAGCUCUAGGCCAUAAUUCUGGGGACCCGCGACAGGGCAGGAUUGACGCAUUUCGUCUGCAGCUAAGCCGCUCUUCAGAGUUGCAAGCCCUACCUUUGCAACGUGUCAGAGGCAGGGACACAUCAUCUCUACCUUGUAACCAGCUGUGUGCGAGCUGGCAGUCCAAGAAAAUUUUACAAAAGCUACCACCCGCUGCAGGUAGCCAAAUAUGUCGGACUCCCCUCAAUCGCCUCCAAAGGAUGUCGAGCCAGGUGUACAAUCACCCGACGAUGAAGCACAGAUGAACGACCCUCAGGACCCACACGGCUCUGGCCUCGCCUAUGAGUUCGAGGUAAAAGAGCAGGACAGGUGGUUGCCCAUAGCCAAUGUUGCCCGUAUCAUGAAGACUGCUCUUCCCGAGAACGCCAAGAUCGCUAAAGAGGCAAAGGAAUGUAUGCAAGAGUGCGUGAGCGAGUUCAUCUCGUUCAUCACGAGUGAAGCUUCGGAGAAAUGUCAUCAGGAGAAGAGGAAAACUGUCAACGGCGAAGACAUCCUCUUUGCGAUGACGUCCCUCGGCUUCGAGAACUAUGCAGAGGCACUGAAGAUUUACCUCUCCAAAUACCGAGAACAGUCUCAGUCCAACCGAGGUGAAAACCAACAGAACAGGCCAAACAGCCAGGGUUACGGAGCAGGUGCGCCCAGCGGAUCUGGCGCCGCAGGAGCCUCUGGUUUCCAGGGAGGUGAUGGUACCGGCGGGAUCGGUGAAUCAGGCGAAGGCUACAUUUACACCCAGCCUAGUCACAACGGCGCGGCCGGCGAGACCUAUUAAGUCUCGCGCUUAGCGUCCGUAGAUGACAUGGGUCUAGGCUAGUUGAUAUCGCCGACCUGGUUAGUUAUAACCUUAGAUCUUCGAUUUUCACAAGGCGGCUUAUGCUCCCUUCGAGUGUGUAUAACUAUUGGGAUUUUGAGGGCUCCAGCAACACUACUCUCGGGAUAGGGGUCUUCUGCUCCUGUAUAUGAUGGGCUCACUAUGGAUAGGUAGUGAUGGACGAGGCUGCGCGUCAAAAGGGUUACUGGUUCUGCACUUUUCUCUUCGAUAGAUUCCCCGAGGCGUUCAUCCCCCGUAUUCGGUUCUCUGCGUUUCUCCUGAUCAGUUCUUGA